UCUAAGUUACUGGAUGUGGAAAGUAGACCUGCGAGUUACUUUUCCCAGUUUGGUGCGAACGCUACGUAGUAGUCAAAUAGUGAGCGUUCAACUGAAAGCAACAGCUAUUUAUUGAGAGUAAUUCACCGCAAGAAGCUUCAGCGUCGCUGUGUUGGUUACUACGCAUUAUAGGAAUUCAUUAAGAAGACGCCCGUUCAAUUUCACCAACGCUAAAAGGAUUAUUCAAAUAUUUAACAAAGAUAACAUAGCAUUUUUUCUCCAUCCCUGGACGAAAGUGUGUUCUAUUUAUUUCCUAUCGCCCACUACUAGAAGGCAUACAUCGCAGUGUUUCAGAAGUUUGGGGUUUGUGAACACGCCUGUUGUUAUUUAAUUAUGCCAGAUUUAGGCCUACCAGUGGAUUGGGAUUUAUUUGCUCUCUUGCUUCUCAAUGCUUUGUGAGAUAACGGUUUGUUUUGGCUACCGUAAAACGUUGAGUGUUGAUCUGAAGACGCAAAACUUUUUUUUUAUUGAGACAUCUGGGAAUUGUUGUUUUGGCAACCAUUUAAACGGCAUUUUAUUAGCCACGUAAUCCUAAAGAAACAUACAGGGUGUUAUAAGCUUUUGGUGUUUAGCCUACAAAGAGAGGGUUGCUGUUUCCCCCGGUGUAGUUGGACUGUUGUAUUAUGUAAUGCAACUAUGUCGCGAAACUUGGUGUUAUGUAGUUUUAUCAUAACAGACUAUUGUGUUUAUCAUAGCAGUCCCAACGUGCUAGGCUGAUUCCAAGUGCCCUCUCCCUGUUCCCGAGGUAGGAUAGUGAUAACGGAGAUCAGUUCACAGUUGAAGAGAGCGCUUCCUCAACCACGCCUGCCCUGACCUCUAGAUGCCGGGCAUAAACUCCACCACCGCCUCUCGCUAUGAGUCCGGCUGGGAGAUGGAGUACGACCACUACCAACAUUAUUUCUACGACGACCACGAUCCGGACGAGGAUUUCUCUAAAUCCACUGCGCCCAGCGAGGACAUAUGGAAGAAAUUCGAACUAGUACCAACCCCGCCCAUGUCCCCUAUCCGGACUUUGGAGGGGGCCGCUGGGGUCGGGGUGGUCUACCCUUCGUUGGGGGACAAACUUGAGUGGGUGUCCCAGUUUUUGGGUCAAGAGAACGACCAGGAUGUGCCGUGUAAACUCAGCUCCGCCGACGAGGCUUUGGGGAACCUGAGCUCCAUUAUCGUACAGGACUGCAUGUGGAGCGGCUUCUCAGCGGGCAAGCAGCUGGAGAAAGUUGUCGGGGAGCGGCUUGCCUCCUGUCCGGUGUCGGGUCCGACUAAACUGCCCGUGCAGGCGUUGGGAGCUGCCAUCACCACCACCGGGAGGGCGCAGUGCGUGACGGUGCCAGUGGACGCGGCUGUUCCAGUUCUCGGUAGCCUGGCGACGGAUUGCGUGGAUCCAGCUGCAGUUCUCGCCUUCCCGCUAACCGGGGGAACGUUUAAGAAACCGUCGGUGUCCUCCGGUUCAGAGACCCACACAGACUCAUCAGCAGAUGAUGAAUCUAGUGACCACGACGACGACGAUGAUGAUGAUGAUGAUGAUGACGAAGAGGAGAUUGAUGUGGUGACGGUGGAACACAACAAGCAGUACAAGUCUCGGCGGCUGGUCAACGGCAGAGUUACCGGGGGACGCGGCGGCGGGCUAAACAGGCGGACGCCGGUGACGAUCAUGGUCCGGGCGGUGAACCGUUUCCACAUCUCUAUCCACCAACAGCACCACAACUACGCAGCGCCCUCCCCGGACACACACCCCGACACACACACAGCCCCCAACCUCCCCAGGAAGAGGGUCCGACGCGAGCCCUCAAACUCUCCUCAUAACUCCUCUAACACCCAGCCGCACUUGCACCCCGCCUCCACUUCCGAUCGGAACUCCGAGAGCAAACCGCACGGCGCCGUAGCAACCGUCGGGUCGGAAUCAUCUGACGCCAACACACCCUCCCCUUGUGGAUCCCCAUCUGCCUCUCCCCGAUUAUCCUCCUCCCACCCCUGCAGCCCCCAGUCCUCCGACUAUGAGGAUACAGACAAACGCAAGACACAUAACUUCCUGGAACGGAAACGGCGCAAUGACCUGCGCUCUCGCUUCCUGACACUGCGGGAUGAGAUCCCCGGCUUGGCAGAGUGUUCAAAGACGCCCAAGGUGGCCAUCCUGACACGCGCCACUGAGUACCUGGGACAGCUGCAUUCCAGCGAGCGCCAGCGGGCACAGGAGAAACGGCAGCUGAAGGCCAGGCAGCAGCAGCUGCUCCGUAGGCUGGCACAGCUGAAACAACGCCCCUGAUCUCACUGACUGGCAGGCUGGCACAGCUGAAACAACGCCCCUGAUCUCACUGACUGGCACGCUGGCACAGCUGAAACAACGCCCCUGAUCUCACUGACUGGCAGGCUGGCACAGCUGAAACAACGCCCCUGAUCUCACUGACUGGCACGCUGGCACAGCUGAAACAACGCCCCUGAUCUCACUGACUGGCACGCUGGCACAGCUGAAACAACGCCCCUGAUCUCACUGACUGGCACGCUGGCACAGCUGAAACAACGCCCCUGAUCUCACUGACUGGCACGCUGGCACAGCUGAAACAACGCCCCUGAUCUCACUGACUGGCAGGCUGGCACAGCUGAAACAACGCCCCUGAUCUCACUGACUGGCACGCUGGCACAGCUGAAACAACGCCCCUGAUCUCACUGACUGGCAGGCUGGCACAGCUGAAACAACGCCCCUGAUCUCACUGACUGGCAGGCUGGCACAGCUGAAACAACGCCCCUGAUCUCACUGACUGGCACGCUGGCACAGCUGAAACAACGCCCCUGAUCUCACUGACUGGCAGGCUGGCACAGCUGAAACAACGCCCCUGAUCUCACUGACUGGCACGCUGGCACAGCUCAAACAACGCCCCUGAUCUCACUGACUGGCACGCUGGCACAGCUCAAACAACGCCCCUGAUCUCACUGACUGGCACGCUGGCACAGCUGAAACAACGCCCCUGAUCUCACUGACUGGCACGCUGGCACAGCUGAAACAACGCCCCUGAUCUCACUGACUGGUUGAAUGACUGGCAGCGACCUCUAGUUGACGGAACGUACUCUUCACCAGGGCUGACUGAAAACCAGCUCACUGACAGACUGUUAGUGGCUAGCAUGGAGAGUGUUAGACUGUUAGUGGCUAGCAAGCAUUUGGGAUGGAUCUACACCCUAUAUUAUAAACCAGGACUGAGUCAAAACCAGGGAAGGAUCUCAACCCUAUAUUAUUAAACCAGGACUGAGUCAAAACCAGGGAUGGAUCUCAACCCUAUAUUAUUAAACCAGGACUGAGUCAAAACCAGGGAUGGAUCUCAACCCUAUAUUAUUAAACCAGGACUGAGUCAAAACCAGGGAUGGAUCUGAAGCCUACAUUAUUAAACCAGGACUGAGUCAAAACCAGGGAUGGAUCUCAACCCUAUAUUAUUAAACCAGGACUGAGUCAAAACCAGGGAUGGAUCUCAACCCUAUAUUAUUAAACCAGGACUGAGUCAAAACCAGGGAUGGAUCUGAAGCCUACAUUAUUAAACCAGGACUGAGUCAAAACCAGGGAUGGAUCUGAAGCCUACAUUAUUAAACCAGGACUGAGUCAAAACCAGGGAUGGAUCUAAACCCUAUAUUAUUAAACCAGGACUGAGUCAAAACCAGGGAUGGAUCUAAACCCUAUAUUAUUAAACCAGGACUGAGUCAAAACCAGGGAUGGAUCUAAACCCUAUAUUAUUAAACCAGGACUGAGUCAAAACCAGGGAUGACUCUGGACCCUAUAUUAUAAACCAGGACUGAGUCAAAACCAGGGAUGGAUCUGAAGCUUAUAUUAUUAAACCAGGACUGAGUCAAAACCAGGGAUGACUCUGGACCCUAUAUUAUAAACCAGGACUGAGUCAAAACCAGGGAUGGAUCUGAACACUAUAUUAUAAACCAGGACUGAGUCAAAACCAGGGAUGACUGGACCCUAUAUUAUAAACCAGGACUGAGUCAAAACCAGGGAUGGACCUGAACCCUAUAUUAUAAACCAGGACGGAGUUAAAAUCAGGGAUGGAUUGAGGUUGACCCUAUAAUAUUUGCAAACUGUGCAUCUAUUGUAAGUCCUGUUAUUGUCUGUAAGGUUCUAUGAUGUCAUGAGUGAAUCCAUUGAUUGUGAACUAUGUCCAGAUCAGCAUGGCAAUGUACAUAGAUGGUCACGUGUGUGCGUCUCUCUCUCUCUUUGUGUAUCUCUCUGUCGCUCUCUCUCUCUUUCUCUUUGUGUAUCUCUCUCGCU